UGGCUGCCGGACCGCGCGCUCCUUCCCUCUCCCGCUCGCGCCUGGGCGCACACGCCCCUCUCCGCUCUCGCCCGCUGCCUCCCAGGGCACAGUCGCUCAGAGGCGGCACCGCGGGGGUGGCCACGGCCUCAGCCCCGUCCCUCCCUCCCUCCUUUCUUCCUUCCCUCUCUGCAGCCCCACCACGUAGGAGUUCGGAUUCUCCACCCGAGUCGUCCUGAUUUCCCUUUUCCUCUCUUUUGGAAACGAGAGGUGGAGGGGAGGCAACGAGGCUGCAAAGGAGAGGCCCGCUAGCAGAGUGUUGCUUUGACACAUCCUUAUUGUGGAAGUUAAGUGAAACAAAUAAAUAAAUAAAUAACUCCGGCCGUGGAGCUGCUGCCGAGGAGAAGACGGGAAAGCAGACCGGUGGGCAGGCCAAUGGUUUUUCGGCAGCGCGCUGGCAAGUUUGUGGAACACUUUCUAGGAAUUAGGUCUUUUUCCUCCCCCUCCAUCUCCUUGACUUCUGAAGAAAGAACUUGGCUUUGGAUUGUAAUGGAGCCUAAGGACAGAGGGUUAGACACACUUGAAUAAUUUCUCCGGCUGGGCAGAAUUUGUGGGAAUUUGGGAAGCCCGAGUGUGGAAACCCAGCAGCCCUUGACGUGCCCUCUGUUAAUUUGGAUGAAUCUAAAUGUGCCCCAUUCCAGACCUCUCCGACAACCCCUUCUGAUCUUGCGAUUUACUCUUUUUGACUUUAAUUAGUAUCUAGGAAAGCUGAACUUCGGACCUACCUCUUUUUUUGAUCCUUAUUUUUGUACGUUUGCUCUCUGGGAUUGGUUUCUUAAACAAUCUGGAUUCUUUUUAAUAUGUCAAAAUGAGUCUGCUGAUGUUUACACAACUACUGCUCUGUGGAUUUUUAUAUGUUCGGGUGGAUGGAUCUCGUCUUCGCCAAGAAGACUUUCCUCCUCGGAUUGUGGAGCACCCUUCGGAUGUCAUUGUCUCGAAGGGAGAGCCCACCACUCUGAACUGCAAGGCGGAGGGCCGGCCAACUCCCACCAUUGAAUGGUACAAGGAUGGCGAGCGGGUGGAGACGGACAAGGAUGAUCCCCGUUCCCACAGGAUGCUUCUGCCCAGUGGAUCCUUAUUCUUCUUGCGCAUUGUCCAUGGACGUAGAAGUAAACCUGACGAAGGAAGCUACGUUUGUGUUGCAAGGAACUAUCUUGGUGAAGCAGUGAGUCGAAACGCGUCUCUGGAAGUGGCAUUGUUACGAGAUGACUUCCGGCAAAACCCCACAGAUGUUGUAGUGGCAGCUGGAGAGCCUGCCAUCCUGGAGUGCCAGCCUCCCCGGGGACACCCAGAACCAACCAUCUACUGGAAAAAAGACAAAGUUCGAAUUGAUGACAAGGAAGAAAGAAUAAGUAUUCGUGGUGGAAAACUGAUGAUCUCCAACACUAGAAAAAGUGAUGCAGGGAUGUAUACCUGUGUGGGCACCAACAUGGUGGGAGAAAGGGACAGCGACCCAGCAGAGCUGACUGUCUUUGAACGACCCACGUUUCUCAGGAGGCCAAUUAACCAGGUGGUGCUGGAGGAAGAAACUGUAGAAUUUCGCUGUCAGGUCCAGGGAGAUCCUCAACCAACUGUGAGAUGGAAAAAAGAUGAUGCGGACUUGCCCAGAGGAAGGUAUGACAUCAAAGAUGAUUACACACUGAGGAUUAAAAAGGCCCUGAGCACAGACGAAGGCAGCUACAUGUGCAUUGCCGAGAAUCGCGUCGGGAAGGUGGAAGCCACGGCGACCCUCACAGUCCGAGCUCGCCCCGUUGCUCCUCCACAGUUUGUGGUUAGGCCAAGAGAUCAGAUUGUUGCUCAAGGUCGAACAGUGACAUUCCCCUGUGAAACUAAAGGAAAUCCACAGCCAGCUGUUUUUUGGCAGAAGGAAGGCAGCCAGAACCUACUUUUUCCAAACCAACCCCAGCAGCCUAACAGUAGAUACUCAGUGUCACCAACUGGAGACCUCACGAUUACCAACAUUCAGCGCUCGGAUGCGGGUUACUACAUCUGCCAGGCCUUAACAGUGGCAGGAAGCAUUUUAGCAAAAGCUCAACUGGAAGUUACUGAUGUGUUGACAGAUAGACCUCCACCCAUAAUUCUACAAGGACCAGCCAACCAGACACUAGCAGUCGAUGGGACAGCACUGCUGAAGUGCAAAGCCACUGGCGAUCCUCUUCCUGUAAUUAGCUGGUUAAAGGAGGGGUUUACUUUUCUGGGCAGAGAUCCGAGAGCCACUAUACAGGAGCAAGGAACUCUGCAGAUUAGGAAUUUAAGGAUUUCUGAUACUGGCACCUAUACUUGUGUGGCUACAAGUUCAAGUGGGGAGACGUCCUGGAGCGCAGUGCUGGAUGUGACAGAGUCUGGAGCAACAAUCAGUAAAAAUUAUGAUUUAAAUGACCUGCCAGGGCCACCAUCCAAACCGCAGGUCACUGAUGUUACUAAGAACAGUGUCACCUUGUCUUGGCAACCAGGUACCCCUGGAACCCUUCCAGCAAGUGCAUAUAUCAUUGAAGCUUUCAGCCAAUCAGUAAGCAAUAGCUGGCAGACGGUGGCAAACCACAUAAAGACCACCCUCUACACUGUGAGAGGACUGCGGCCCAAUACCAUCUACUUAUUCAUGGUCAGAGCGAUCAACCCCCAAGGUCUUAGUGACCCGAGCCCUAUGUCAGAUCCGGUGCGCACACAAGUUUAUGAAUCCUCUUUUUAUAGUCCGGCGGUUCUCAAAGUGUGGCUCUCGGAUAUCAGCCCACCAGCACAAGGAGUGGACCACAGACAAGUGCAGAAAGAACUGGGAGAUGUCAUCGUCCGUCUUCACACUCCAGUUGUAUUGACUCCCACCACUGUUCAGGUCACAUGGACGGUUGACCGCCAGCCCCAGUUCAUUCAAGGCUACAGAGUGAUGUAUCGUCAGACUUCAGGCCUGCAGGCUACAUCUUCUUGGCAGAAUUUAGAUGCCAAGGUUCCCACUGAGCGAAGUGCUGUCUUAAUCAAUCUGAAAAGGGGGGUGACUUAUGAAAUUAAAGUUCGACCAUAUUUUAAUGAGUUCCAAGGAAUGGACAGUGAAUCUAAAACGGUUCGUACUACUGAAGAAGCACCAAGUGCUCCUCCACAGUCUGUCACUGUGCUGACAGUUGGAAGCCACAACAGCACAAGUAUCAGUGUUUCCUGGGAUCCUCCUCCUCCCGAUCACCAGAAUGGAAUUAUCCAGGAAUACAAGAUCUGGUGUCUGGGAAAUGAAACGCGAUUCCAUAUCAACAAAACUGUGGAUGCGGCCAUACGAUCUGUAAUAAUUGGUGGAUUAUACCCAGGUAUUCAAUACCGGGUUGAGGUUGCAGCUAGUACCAGUGCAGGGGUUGGAGUAAAAAGUGAGCCACAGCCAAUAAUAAUUGGGAGGCGUAAUGAAGUUGUCAUUACUGAAAACAAUAACAGCAUAACUGAACAAAUCACUGAUGUUGUGAAGCAACCAGCCUUUAUAGCUGGUAUUGGUGGUGCCUGCUGGGUAAUUUUGAUGGGUUUUAGCAUCUGGUUGUAUUGGCGAAGAAAGAAGAGAAAGGGACUCAGUAACUAUGCUGUUACUUUUCAAAGAGGUGAUGGAGGACUAAUGAGUAAUGGAAGCCGUCCAGGUCUUAUAAAUGCCGGUGAUCCGAGUUAUCCAUGGCUUGCUGAUUCGUGGCCUGCUACGAGCUUGCCAGUAAACAAUAGCAAUAGUGGCCCGAAUGAGAUUGGAAAUUUUGGCCGUGGAGAUGUGCUGCCACCGGUUCCAGGCCAAGGGGAUAAAACAGCAACGAUGCUCUCAGAUGGAGCCAUUUACAGCAGCAUUGACUUCACUACCAAAACCACAUACAACAGUUCCAGCCAAAUAACACAGGCCACCCCGUAUGCCACGACACAAAUCUUGCAUUCCAAUAGCAUCCAUGAAUUGGCUGUCGAUCUGCCAGACCCUCAAUGGAAAAGCUCAAUUCAGCAAAAGACAGAUCUGAUGGGAUUUGGCUAUUCUCUACCUGAUCAGAACAAAGGUAACAAUGCCUUACUUUACAUCCCUGACUACCGAUUGGCUGAGGGAUUGUCUAAUAGAAUGCCACACAACCAGUCUCAGGAUUUCAGCACCACCAGCUCUCACAACAGCUCAGAGAGGAGUGGCAGUCUCUCAGGUGGGAAAGGUGGAAAAAAGAAGAAAAAUAAAAACUCUUCUAAACCACAGAAAAACAGUGGAUCGACCUGGGCCAAUGUCCCUCUACCUCCCCCCCCUGUCCAGCCCCUUCCUGGUACAGAGCUGGAACACUACGCAGUGGAACAGCAAGAAAAUGGUUAUGACAGUGAUAGCUGGUGCCCACCAUUACCAGUGCAAACAUACUUACACCAAGGUAUGGAAGAUGAACUGGAAGAAGAUGAUGACAGAGUCCCAACCCCUCCCGUCCGGGGUGUGGCUUCUUCUCCUGCCGUCUCCUUUGGACAGCAGUCCACUGCGACCCUUACUCCAUCCCCCCGGGAAGAGAUGCAACCCAUGCUACAGGCUCACCUGGAUGAGUUGACAAGGGCCUAUCAGUUUGAUAUAGCAAAGCAAACAUGGCACAUUCAAAGCAAUAAUCAACCUCCACAGCCCCCGGUUCCACCAUUAGGUUACGUGUCCGGAGCCAUGAUUUCUGAUUUGGAAACAGAUGUUCCAGAUGAUGAUGCUGACGAUGAAGAGGAAGCUUUAGAAAUCCCCAGGCCCCUGAGAGCCCUGGACCAGACACCUGGAUCCAGUAUGGACAAUCUAGACAGCUCUGUGACAGGUUCAAUGGUAAAUGGAUGGGGCUCUGCAUCUGAUGAGGAUCGUAACUUUUCUAGUCAUAGAUCUAGUGUAGUUAGCUCCUCAGAUGGCUCCAUCUUUGCCAACGGCAGUUUUGCACAAGCACUGGUGGCAGCAGCAGAUAAAGCUGGUUUUAGGCUGAAUGGAACCAGCCUUACAAGAACAGGAAAAGCCUUUACCUCCUCUCAAAGACCUCGACCCACCAGCCCAUUUUCUACCGACAGUAACACCAGUGCAGCCCUGAGUCAAAGUCAGAGGCCUAGGCCCACCAAAAAACACAAGGGAGGGCGAAUGGACCAACAACCAGCAUUGCCUCAUCGAAGGGAAGGAAUGACAGAUGAUCUUCCACCACCACCAGAUCCCCCACCAGGUCAGGGUUUAAGGCAGCAAAUAGGCCCGAGCCAGCAUGCUGGUAACGUGGAAAACUCAACAGAGAGAAAAGGAAGCUCCCUAGAGAGACAACACGCAUCCAACUUAGAAGACACAAAGAGCUCUUUGGAUUGUCCAGCUAGAACCUCCCUAGAGUGGCAGCGACAGACCCAGGAAUGGAUAAACUCCACAGAGCGCCAAGAAGACAUACGGAAAGCCCCACACAAACAAGGUGUCGGACCAGAGGAAGCCUUGGUGCCCUACAGCAAGCCCAGCUUCCCAUCUCCAGGCGGCCACAGCUCAUCAGGAACAGCUUCUUCUAAAGGAUCCACAGGACCUAGGAAAGCUGAGGUAUUGAGGGGAGGCCACCAGCGCAAUGCCAGCGACCUUCUUGACAUAGGAUAUAUGGGCUCAAAUAGUCAAGGACAGUUUACAGAGUAACUGAGAGGAGACAUACAAAGCUGCUCUGAAGGACCACCAGGUCCGAACUCAUGGAAGUGAUGACACUAAACAGUGCAAUGAACAAUUUAUUUAUGUACUAUUAAAAGAACUGUAAAUGCAAUGUAAAGACAUACAGCCACACAUAUCCCACAGAUAUUUUAAUUGUGUUCUUCUCUUAAGUACACCACCCACCUUAACUCUUUCUUGUCAGGAGAAUAUAAAAAAAGAAAGAAAACAAAACUCGCCCUCCAGGAAGAAAAGGAUUUUCCUCUGUAUAUAAUUUCUUUUGCAUUGCUAUGCAAGCUCACUCUUUUUAGCUCCGUUCAUAUUAUUGUCUGUUUUUAUUGGUCCGUUGUACUAUAUGUGAAUUAAUAGGCUGUGGUGCCAUAUAUUAACUUUUAAUUGUGUAACUUUUAUGUUUAAAUUUUGCACUGCAAUUUUAUUUGGUGAUAAGCACAAAUCUCUACUCCUCAUGACAUGAAGAAAAAAAGACUGAAUGUGAAGGGAGUUUCUGUACUGUAAGCUGGGUUGGAUAACGCUGGUUGUAAACAAUCUUGGUAGAUGGUUUUCAGUUGGGGUGUAGAAAUAGGAAGAUGCAAAGGAACAAUUGUGUUGGCAAAGUCUUCUUGGAACAUCAGGGACUGAGUCAAUAAAAAAAUAAAUAGCAGAAAGGUGGCUUUUACCAUUGACAAAAGCAGGGGUCAAAAGAAGGAAGGUUAAGUCUUAACUCUGAAUAUGCAUUAAAAUAUACAGGUAGCAAAGAUGUACUAAAAAUACUAAAAAAAAAGAAAUUAAAGUUUUAUUUAGAAUCAAUUUCACCUAAGAUUGUAAUUGACCCAUUUGAGAAUUACAAGAAGCAAAAGGAAACUAAAGUGUUUCACAAGCGCUGUAUUUAUAUAAUGAUUUUUAAAGAAGCAGUUUCUGAAUUAUCAUAAUUAAUCUCUCUGAUUCAUUAAGUCAGAAAAUAAUAUGAAGUUCCCCAAGGAAACUGUCAAAAUGAAGUCUGGAAUAUCUAGAAAAUAGUUAAGGAAAAAACAUUUAUUAGGGCAUACUCUGGCUGAUUCCAAAUAUAAACUCUCUUGCAGAACGUGGUUUCAUCUUUCUAAUACAUGUACAGUACACACUAGAGGAUAGAGCUGCAUCAUGAAAAUUCAUUACUUUUCGAAAACAAUGCAGUCUAUGUAUACAAUUUUGCAUUUUACUUGAUUAUGAAGUAAAGUCGAUGCCACCAAAUGUACAGCCAAAUUGUAAGUGCUUAAAAGGCAGUGCUCAGAGUAUGUUCCGUUCACAGUAAGUAGAUUUAUUGGAAUAAAUAUUUUAUGGUACAUUUUCAGAAAUUGGCUACCAGCUAAAAUACGUUUGACCCAUUUUGAAUGAGUACAUUGAAGAGAAAAAAUUAAAAAGGAGAAAAAUGCAUGUUUAUACACUUUUUAAAUAAAACCAAACCUUGUAAGUGGACAUUAA